CACUGUCAAAAAAAGAGAGAGGAGGGGAACACUCCAGCUGGGCUACAGGCCUACAGCCACUCGGUCCACUCCACUAGCAGGAAGCACGCGACACUCGGCCGCUCCAUUGACAGGAACCACACGCCUACACCGAACCACUCCAACAGGAACACGCGAGCCAUGCGCCCAUGCCGGACGCCUCUCCUCGACUCCACCUCGCCGCUGUCCGUGCUCCUCCUCGACCACCUCCACCGCAAUCGCCCCUCCCCUCCCCCCUCAGCCUCGCCGCCGUCAGCCUUCUGGUCUCCCAUCGCCGCAUUCGCCGCUGCCACAAAGCGCGCCCGAGCCGGGACGCUCAGCCCUGAGGACGCACACCACCUGUUCGACGAAUUGCUACGCCAGUCCAACCCGGUCCCCAAUCGCUUCCUGAACAGCUUCCUUGCCGCCCUCGCCCGUGCUCCACCCUCCGACGCCUGCGGAGAUGGCCCCGCCCUCACCGUCGCCCUCUUCAACCGCCUGUGCCGAGAAGAGGCCGGCCCUUGUGUAGCGCCGCCCACUAUCUAUACCUACAGCAUUCUAAUGGACAGCUGCUGCCGCGUGGGUCGCCCGGACCUUGGGCUUGCUGUCUUCGGCCGCCUACUCAAGUCGGGCUUCAAGGCAGACCAGAGCACUGCCAGCAGCCUCCUCAUGUGCCUCUGCGAUGUAGGACGGACAAACGAGGCUGUGGACGUGCUGCUUCAUAGGAUCUCCGAGCUCGGCUGUGAGCCUAAUGUCAUCCCAUACAACAUAGUUCUUAAGAGCUUAUGUGACAGUAGAAGGAGCCAGCAAGCUCUUGACCUGCUCCAGAUGAUGGCACAAAGAGGUUGCUGCUCCCCUAAUGUGGUGUCAUAUAACACCGUCAUUCAUGGCUUAUUUAAGGAAGGUGAAGUAAGCAUGGCGUGCUCAUUAUUCUAUGAAAUGAUGCGGCAAAGGGUUAUGCCUAAUGUGGUGACAUAUAGAUCGAUGAUUGGUGCGUUGUGCAAGGUCGGGGCAACGGACAAGGCAAAGCUGGUCCUUGGUCAUAUGGUUGGUAAUGGUUUUCGACCAGAUAAGUAUAUUUGGAACUCAUUCAUGGCAUCUCUUUGCAAGCAGGGAAGAAGCAAGGAAGCUGCACAACUUUUUGAUUACAUGGUCGCCAAGGGCCACAAACCUGAUGUUGUCACGUACUCUACUCUGCUUCAUGGGUAUGCUACUGAAGGAUGCUUCACUGAUAUGAUUAAUCUCUUUAAUUCAAUGGAAGGCAACGGUAUUGUAGCUAACAGCUGUGUUUUUAACAUACUAAUUGACGCAUAUGCUAAACGUGGAAUGAUGCAUGAAGCUAUGCUCAUAUUUACUGAAAUGCGGGAACGAAGAGUGAGUCCUGAUAUAUUCACCUAUGGAAUUAUAAUAGCUGCACUUUGCAGAAUGGGUAGGCUAUCUGAUGCUAUGGAGAAAAUAAAUGAAAUGGUUGCUACAGGAUUACAACCGGACAAGGCUGUUUACUAUUCCCUAAUUCAGGGUUUUUGUACACAUGAUGAUUUGGUCAAAGCUAAGGAGUUGGUUUCUGAGAUGAUGACCAAAGGUAUUCCUCGUCCUAACAUUGUGUUCUUCAACUCGGUAAUAGCCAGUCUGUGCAAAGAAGGAAGGGUUAAGGAUGCACACGGUAUCUUUGACUUGGCUCUGAACAUUGGUGAGAGGCCCGAUUUAAUUCACUGAUUCACGGCUAUAGCUUGGUUGGUGAGGUGGCGAAAGCAUUUGGGCUACUUGAUGACAUGGAAUCAGUUGGCAUUGAGCCCGAUGUUGUUACUUAUACUACACUUCAUCAUGGCUAUUCUAGAAAUAGAAGGUGACUGUUCAGAGAAUUGAUGCGUGUCAGAAUUUAACCUACAACUGUCACAUAUGGCAUCAUACUGCAUGGGUUGUUUCAUGCUGGAAGAACUGCUUCUGCAAAGAAAAUGUUCCAUGAGAUGAUCAGAACUGGAACCAUGGUGAGUAUUUCCAUAUAUGCUAUAAUCCUUGGAGGACUUUGUGGAAAAAAUUGCGCUGAUGAAGCAAUUGUCCUGUUUGGAAAAUUAGGUGCAAUGAAUGUGAAGUUCGAUAUUGCAAUAUUCAAUACCAUGAUUAAUUCAAUGCACCUGGUUAGGAGAAGAAAGAAGCUAACAAUCUGGUUGCUGCAAUAUCAGCCAAUGGGUUGGUACCUAAUGCUUCUACUUAUGGAGUUAUAAUAAGACAUGUUCUAAAAGAAGGAUUAGUGGAUGAAGCUGACAAUAUGUUUUCAUCAAUGGACAAUACUAGUAUUGUGCUCCUAGCUCUCAUUUGUUAAAUGAUAUUUCAUUAUUUUAUCGGAAAAAGGUGAGAUAACCAAGGCUGGAAAAUAUGUCUAAAGAUGAUGGGAAGAUUAUCUCACUUGAAGCUUCAACUACUUUGCUGCUGCUGUAUGUCUUUUCAAGAGAAGGCGAAUAUCAGGAGCAAAUAAAAUUGUUUCCUGUAAAGUACUAUCAUAUUUUUGGUAGAGUCAGCUACAGUUAAUGCAUUGUAUAUGAGCAUAACUACUCAGAAGGAUGAGCAGAAAAGAUUUUCAUCAUAUUUGCUCUCUGACUGGAUGCAUUUGAAAGGAAAUAGUGGACGUAGGCCUGCACAGUUCCUUCCGAUGUUUGAAUACUCCUUCAACUAAUGUAUAUCACUUCCUGAAUAGAUGAUGCGCCCUGAUAAAAGAUCUUAUGUUCCUUGCUCAUAAAUUGGUGACCUAUGGUUUGGGAGGAAUGGAGGUCCACACUGAUGCUGCCUCAGUUUGUUCUGCUUUGUACUCGCUCCGUUCCUAAAUAUAAGCAUUUUUAAAGAUUCCAAGACGAACUACAUACGGAUGUAUAUAGACAUAUUUUAAAGUCUAGAUUCACACAUUUUGCUCCGUAUGUGGUCUAUAUUGGAAUCUCUAAAAAUACUUAUAUUUAGGAGCGGAGGGAGUACAAUACUUGCAAUUGAAACGUUGAACAUUGUAGAAACAUGUUAACAUGUUAUGAAGACUUGACUUGUGCAGACCUAAAAUUGUUAUACUAAUAUACUGUUUGUAAAACAGGAAUAGAGCACAAAUUGAACUGGCCAGUACAUAGGUGAUGAUAGAUCACUGAUGAUAUAUCGCUGAUGGCAAUGCAAUGCACUUUAUUGCUGGUCAUACACUCCUUUUUUUUUUCAUUUGUUGGUUUGAGAUGAUUUUGAUAUCAUUUGGUUCAAAUAUGUAUCAAAUUGUGGAGCGGCUGCCAUGUGGUUGGUCUAUUUUACCUCAUCUG